CUCUUACAAAACGAUAUUAUCUUUUCUCUCCCAUUUCUCUCUUCUCAUUUUCUCUUCAGACCCAAAAAUUUAAACUGCGUAUCCUCAAGGAAAUGGAUGAUACACAUAUGGAUAACCAGCCAAGUCUUGGUAGUAACAAGGUUUUAAUACUUGUAGGUGUUUGUUUUCUCUUUGUAUUUGUAGGGACUUUUGCUAGUCACAAUAACCACAACUCAACCAAAGUUGAAACUGAGAGCACGAUGAUUAGGCCUCUCGUCCCAAUGAGUAAUGAGAUGAUUUGGAAGACGAUGAGUCGGCAUUAUUAUUUUCAUCAUCAUCAUCAUACUCAUAACUUUAUCAACUACGUGAGCAAAAGAGUUGUGCCAAGUCAGCCUAACGACCGUCACAACUGGAUGGAGAACGACGAGUUCCGGAACGGAGGCAGGAAACAGGCACUGCACUUGACCUCGACGGGGCGGAUGUCGCAGCGGACAGAACAGGGCAGCAGCGGCGCUUCCUCACUCGUGAUCGGAAGGAACCAGGUCGAGGGAAUGGGGUUGGGCGAGGCUCGUUCGGCGCCUGUGAAGGCCGAAACAGUGGACAAACUGACGGUACAGUACGAGAGGAUGGCUCUGGACGGAUAAAAAAUAGGGAAGAGACGGGUUGGAAUACUCAGACCCGUCUAAACCUGUGAUGAUCGUGUGCCGCUGGCAGAUUGGAGUUAUCUUUCAUUUUAGACUUAUUUUCAUUUUUGUUAGUUUUCCUUUUGGACAUUGUUUGUUCUUAUUUGCGUUCAUUUUCAUUUUUUGUUAAGACUCUAAAACAUAAGACAGGUGAUGAGGAGCCUAGUUUGCCAGUCAUUGGCUCAGGUAUGCCCAAUUCGGGAUCAGCGAAUCUGGAUGCUUCUUUGGAGGUGGCAGAUUCUAAGUCUGGUUCAAGGGCAGACGGUAGACAUUGGGCUCUUUGUCUGAUUGUAUUCUGCUUACGUUCAUUCUUAUCAAUAUAAGCCACUUCCUUUAUUAAAAAAAGGAUUUAAUGGGAAUUUUUUUCAUUGAAUUGUAAUUUUAUAAUCUCGUCUUGUGUAAGCUGGUCUAGUCUGGUAGGUAUAUGUUCUAUGUAAAUUUUACAACUGUCAAAAUCUGGUCUAAUCUAGUGUAAUGUGGUCUUUUCUGAUGGUCUAUUUAAGUUUGGUCUGAGAAUAAAACUAGUCUAAUUAAAAACAUCCCAAAUUAUAGAUAAUUAACCCACUCGUGAAAAUAGUACGUAGUAUAUUUUUGUUUGGACUGAAAUUCUUUGAUCUAAUAUAGUCUGAUAUGGUCUGAUUGGUCUAAUUUGUUUAAGUUUAAUCUGAUAUAAACCGAUAUGAUCUAAUUGAUGUAUAUAGUCUAUGCAUGUGUAUUUUACAACUUUUAAAAAUAUGUUCUUAUCCGAUCUGAUCCAUUUAAAUGUGAUCUUGUUUGAGACUGAAAUCAAUCCAAUUACAAACAUUUUUAACGUGUGGAUGGGAUAAUGCACAUAUUUUAACUAAUCGUGUAAUGAAAUUUAAAACGACAUAUGUUAUUGUUUGAUACACAAGUUUUAUUAAGGUUUUCAAAUGUAGCCUGUGUUUAUAAUGCCAUUCAUAACUUAUGUGGAUGUUUAACAAAAAAAAAGGUAUAACCACACGGUCCACAUUCCUGAGAGUCCCUUAAAAUCGAUUCAAAAGUUAUCUAGGAAGAUUAGACACUGAUGGAAAGAUAGCGGAGAUCCAAUUCAAGACUUUGUGUGAAACUAAACCCAAACAUGUGGAUGGGAGCGGUUGAGAUUUGCUUUACUUUUGGAAAAGCUUCAAAUUUGUGCAAGGGAGCGGUUGAGAUUUGCUUCGCUUGGAUCCAGAAUUAAGUUGAAGACGUUCCAUUACAUGUAAAUAUUUUAUUAUCUUUACAUGGGCAUAUUAAUAAUAUUUAUUAUUACUAUGUACUUGCUCUGUUUUCCUAACUUUAUCUCGUUUUAUCUUUUUCAUUUGUUCCAUUAAAUUUGUCUCAUAACAUAUUUGGUAAUAUUUGAGUUGUUACAAUUCAUUCUUACUUUAUUCACACUUUAUUUUCUAUUGAAUAUUAAUUACAAUUCAUUCUUACUUCA